CUUCUUAUCCGACCAUUCGUCGGCCCUCCACCGGGAAAAUUCAAAUCGACGAGUAGAGAGGGAGCAGACCAGAGCUUCGUCCCUUCCCCUUUGCGUUCGCUGGAGCUCAGGGAAGCUUCGACGGCGGGGGAUUGCUCCGGAAACCCUUUCCUCCCGAGCUUAUAGCUGUAGCUUCGACCAGCACUGAUCUCCGUGACAUGGCCUCGCCGGCAGUCCCAUACUCCAUCGACGACAAGGACCUCGACGACGCCACGCUAUGGGCUCUGAUGGACUCCGCCGCGGCUUCCAUCUCCUCCAAAUCUCGCAAGCCCCUCCAAAUCAAGCACUCGAAUCACCAAACUUCGACUCCAGCCUCGUACUAUUCUCCACCGCUGCCAAAGUCCGGUCAAGCCUACAACCCUAGGCCGAUGCAGUACUCGCCCCAACCCGAAAUGAAGUUUCUCAGAGAUGGAGAGGUGGUGCAGCAGGAGCAGUGGACAUACAGUCGGCCGCAGAAGUUCGCCAGGACCUGCAGUCCGGAAGCGAGUGAGACCAGCCCUCUGGCUCUGGUCAGGAGCGUGCAUCGGACUCCGACCACCCCUGCGCGAUCCACGCCUGAGACGUACCUCUCACCGGAGAUUGGUCAGUCAAGUGGUAAUCUGAAGAGGUCGCCAGUAUGCUAUGUGCAAAGUGAAGAGAAUGAGGCCCCGAGGCAUAGCUUGUCCGGAAAGUUUCCUUCAGUUUCUCUGUUCAAGGAGUACCAGAAUGCUGCCAUGGCGAUUUUGGAGACGACUGACUACACAAUGAUUUCGGGGCAUCCCUUCAUCAAAAAGUCAGGGUGGAGGAAGAUAUCAUGUUACUUCAAUCUGUCCUUCGAGAUCAAAGAUAAGUCCAUCGAAUUUGACCAGAACCGAGAUGUACAACGUGCUGAGUUCGUGGUGCGAGCAUACAUGCAGGGUGGUCGGUUUUCUGAUGGAUGGGGCUCGUGUGACCGUCGGGAGAAGAGAUUCUUGAAACCUAAUCAUGAUAUUCCCAGUACAGCAGAAACUCGAGCCAAAAAUAAAGCAUGCCAGGACUUGCUCGGAAUCGGAGAGUACCGCCCCGGUGCAAGCCAUUCAUAAUGACGAGCGUCCCAACUCCCAGUUGUCGGCGACAAAAUAUCUCUAUUUAGCCCCACAGGGAGUUUCAAAUCUUUCUCCCAAGUGUUCAUCAGAAGACAGUAUAUUGUGUAACAUAAUGAACAAAAUGAAGGGCAUCAGAUCUUCACAUCUUCACUUGUGUGGUUAAAGUGUACGAAAGGAGAACGUGUUCAUUCUCUAGAUUGUUUGAGUAAAAUGGAGAUCCUCCAUUCUUGUUCCUACAGUCAGUUCUUCACAGGACGACUCUGAAAUUGAAUCUCUCAGUUUCUAGGCAGAUUCAAUCCCCAUUGUAAUAUGUUUAGUUUCAUGAGUACAUUCAAGUCGACCCUUAAACCAAGAAUUGCUGUAAGAGAGUUUAUAUUGCAAUGCAAAUAAGAAACUUCCAUGCU